AGUAGCCCUGAAUACCAAUUAGGUAGGUCCAGUAAUGUAGGUCUUAUUAGUGUGAAUGCACAGAAGAAGUGAGUACAGGCUUGUGAGCAGACAUCGAUCUCAUUUUCUGUUCCCAACAACAUUUACAUCACAAGGAGAUAUCUUCACACACGACUAUUGGACAGCUUUUUAUUACAGGUGGAGUUUAAUAUUAACCUCACCGUCCAAAUAGCUUCUCUAAAGUAAUCUUUGCAGAAUGUCAGAUAAAGUCAGUAAAACAGCUACACAGAGCUGGCCCUCCACAGAAGCUCGUACAAAUAAUAAAACAAGAGCACACGAACAUAGAAUUUUAAGAGCAACUAUAGAAAAGAAGUCGGAAAAAUAUGAAACAGCAAACUGCAACUACUACAUUCAAGUGUAAAUGUGAGUUACUGGUAACUUUACUUAUUAUUUAUUCCUGCUCCACCACAUUUCAGAGGAAAAUAUUGUUCAACUCGGCAUAUUAAAAGAGUAGCCACUUCACCAAUUUAGCAUUGCACUCAUUCAGAUGCAGUCAGAGAUUAUAGUGUGUUAAUGUCAUGAAUAUAUUCAAAUCCCUCUCUGCUUACUCAUUAAACCCAGAAAAAUGUAUCUGUGUAUCAAAGUUACAUAUUCAGAAGUUGUUUAUGAUAAAUUAAUAAUCAUUGCUAGUCUGAAAAUGAUUUACACAUAACUCUACAUCAUGUGUUCCUCACCUCUAUCUCAACCCAUCCGUCCACAUCUGGCUGCAGCUGGAGCACACCAGCUCACCUGCACCUCUGUUCAAACACCGUAAGACUGCUGUAGGCUACGCAAUAAUUCAGGAACUGAAAACAGAUUCUGAAGGAGAACAAUGAUACACAAAGCUCCACCUUUCAAUCUGACAUAAUGAGGUUUGUUAUCUAUGAAACUAUAGAAGUCUGAAGUCCAUGUUUUUGAGUUUCAUUCUGACACUGCAGCUUCAAAGUGGAAACUCAACCAUGGCUUUGAAUGCUUAUUUCCUUCAGGAUAUGUCUAGCAGUGUGUGAAAAAACACCAUCUGGAGACGCUAACAAGGUGCUGUGCAGAUAUGACUCAAGCCUGAAGCAUCUGUGAGACCACAUCAGACAGGAUGGAGACUCUGAAUUCCUCGCACAUCCCAAACAUCAGCGGUGGCGACAGCAGCCUCUUCGCUGGAAGCCCGUACACGACCGUGGAGAUCGUGCUCAUCAUCCUGGUAGCUGCAUCUCUGAGCCUGAUCACCAUCAUCGGGAACAUCCUGGUUAUGCUCUCUAUAAAGGUGAACAGGAACCUGCAGACCGUCAACAACUACUUCCUGUUCAGCCUGGCGUGUGCAGACCUUAUUAUCGGCAUCUGCUCCAUGAACCUCUACACAGUCUACAUUGUGAUCGGCUACUGGCCCCUGGGAGCGGUGGUGUGUGACCUGUGGCUGGCUGUAGACUACGUCGUCAGCAACGCCUCGGUCAUGAACCUGCUCAUCAUCAGUUUCGACCGUUACUUCUGCGUCACCAAACCGCUCAGCUACCCGGUGCGCCGCAGCACCAAGAUGGCCGGCCUGAUGAUCGCAGCAGCCUGGGUCUUGUCCUUCAUCCUGUGGGCUCCUGCUAUUCUGUUCUGGCAGUUCAUUGUGGGCGGGAGAACCGUGCCACCAGACGAGUGCUACAUCCAGUUCUUCUCCAACCCGGCGGUGACCUUCGGGACGGCCAUAGCAGCGUUUUACCUGCCGGUGGCCAUCAUGAUCUACCUUUACUGGCGCAUUUCCAAGGCCAGCCGCAGCCGCAUGAGGAAGGACAGCAGGAAGGCGUCGGGUACCAGUCUGGGAGAAGGUGUCUCCCACAGCCAGGAAGAAGGAUGUGAGAGCAACUGCAUCAUUGCCAAAAAAGCUCAGGAGGAGGCGGGAAAUGGGAAGGAGAAGGAAGUGCAGCAGCAGCAGAACGGAAACGGCCCCUGCAAGGAAGAAAAGCCCAACCAGGCUGGCUCCAGGAAAGCCAGCAUCAACCCUUCAACAUCUAAGGACACUGUGAUUCCAACUCCAUCACGAAAGAGCUCAAGCUGUGGGAGAACUCUAACACAGCCUCCUUCCCCAGACAACUCAUCUGCUGACAGACAAAGUGUGGUUGCAAGGACCCUGUUGAAGGUAACGAAGCGUGCUGUGAGUGAGGGCGCCGUGGCAAAGUGGAAAAGAAGGGGCAUCUCUUCCAGGGAGAAAAAAGUAACGCGCACCAUCAUGGCCAUCCUGGUUGCUUUCGUUGUCACGUGGACGCCGUACAACGUGAUGGUCCUGAUCAACACAUUCUGCUCCAUCUGCAUCCCCAACACCCUCUGGACCAUCGGCUACUGGCUCUGCUACAUCAACAGCACCAUCAACCCGGCCUGCUACGCCCUCUGCAACACCACCUUCAAGAACACCUUCAAGCACCUGCUUCUGUGCCAGUACAAGAAGAUACGAGCAGCGCGAUGAGGGCGUUUGUGACUGAGUCGAAACAAAGUGAUGAUUCUUGUAAAGACAGACGGCAAAUAUUGGAAGCUUAGUGUUGAAAAAUAGACUAGGUGUGUUCUUGUUGGGCUCCAUUUAUUUUUCAAUGGUAACUUACUCCUACUUUCACUGAAAAUGGAACUGUGUCUCAAUUUCUAUUUGUAUCACAAACUAAAGUUUUGAUUAUUUUAAAAAAGACGUGGCAUUGUAUUAUAAUUCACCAGACAUUUAUUAAGCUUUACUGAUUCUGUAUUAGGGCUUUCCCCAACCAAAGAUCACCCCAGCCGCAUUGUCGUCAUUAGCUGACUAGUUGUAGCAUGUUUGAAUAGUGUAUAGUUAUCUAAACUAUCUAACAUUUGAGCAAGUUAUGGUGUGAAGUGACUAAUGAUGGAUUAUUUUUACUUUUCAGAAGAUAAGUCACGUCAAGGGUCAAUUAGUCUGACUCAUCAGAUGUACACUUCAGGUAUAAGCUAGGCACACAGGCGAUUUUCUCCUCCCUUUCUACUAUCCAUCUGGUAGCAUUUUCAAAAUCCAGUUGCAAUAUCAGUGCAAUAAGGCGGCCCUGCACGUUUUUUCCUGUGAAUGUGCCAUUUUAAAGACAGUGUUGGCCUCCUUGCAUGCAAAUGUUCCAACAAAACAAUUCCCUGCCACCGUUUUGAGGGGACACCAUUGCUGCAUCCUGUGCUUAGCACCGCCCACUGCGACUGUGAUUGGUUUAAAGAAAUGCAAACAAGCCAGAGCUUUUUUUCGUCCCCUAUAGCAAAAUGACAGUGUGGUGCGGUCAGAUCAUUCUACACUGUGUUGCGUUAACAAAUGGUCUGGCUAUGUGACACUACAGGCUGAUGAAUAAAAGGAAAAUGUCACCUUCCUGGUCAUUUACCUUCUCAAAAUGAUGGAUUUCCUCCAAGCUAUGUGUAAUUACUAUCUAAUAACCAUACUGACCAGCAAUGUAAAUGAUGAUGUCCGUGUAAAUGUGAGUUUUAUGCGACCAACCUACUGAUCACAACUCAAGACUCUUUGCAUCAGCUUCUGUUUGGUUGACUAUUUGAGGGCAGCCCUACUUUUAAAUGUGAAUAACCACAUUUACUUAAAGUGUCUUUUGGUGUUGGAGUUUUUCAAUGGUUGUCUUUUCUCUCUCUACAUAAACUUAUAUAGUAUGUUGUUUCAAGUUGUGGUUCAUGUGAUGGUUUUGUGACCAAAGCAGUGAUUUUAAAGAAGUUGAAUACAAAAGAAAGGUGAUAUAAUGUAGAGAAGGACGCUGUGUUAUUGACACUGUGUUAUUAAAGCGUGAUGGCUGACACUGAGCAGUGAAAGAGGAAAAAUAAGCCAAACUGAAAAGUCUGUCUGCAUGAAAGCUUGUCUUGAAAUUUAAUUAAGAAAAGAGAAUUAGCAGCUGUAAACUGAUCUGCGUCCUGUGCUCUGUGUGUAUGUGUGUGUGUGUGUGUGUGUGUGUGUGUGUGUGUGUGUGUGUGUGUGUGUGUGUGUGCGUGCGCAUGUGUUUCCUCUCUUGUUAAAUUUACUGUGGUAUUAAGCUGACAUCUGACAUUAUUGGCAUCUGUAAUCCAUGCUGUUGUGACAUGAGUCCAAAUGUGACAUUUAUCCACACCUUCGCUUCUUUCUACAUGUUUUCUGUAAAUAAAAAGAUGAUGACAGUCCAUUUAA